AUGGCCUCAAAUGAGCAGCAAUGGGAACUCAGAGGCAUUGUGUCUCACAGGCGUAAAGACCCUCUCAGCUCCCCUUCAGGCGACAACGCCGAUCGUUUCGAGUUCGAAAUCCUUUGGGAAACAGGGGAGAAGACCUGGGAGCCAGAGAUCUCGGUGCAAGAGGACGCACCCAGCAUGACUUUCGAGUAUUGGGAGGGACUGGGAGGCCGGUCUCAGUUCAUGGAGAACGCUGACUACUGGAUUCCGCUAGCCAUUGUCAGGCACCGCCUUCAAAAGGAAUCCCCAAAUGAUGAUGAGGAGUACUUUAUCCAAACAGGACUUACGCGCAAGCGGACACUGGAGAAUCAAAGAGUCCGAGCAUCUUUGAAAGCGACUCCUUCUGGAAGGCAUCGCAAGUCAGCCAAGAGUGCCAGACGUCGCCGUCAGGCCGCUGAAGAAAACGACGUUUUUGUCGAGGACUACGCCGACGACGAUGUCGAUGACGACUAUCAACCGUGA